AUAAAGACAGUGCCUCAUUUGCAUAGUUAAACAUAACAUUUCAGAAAACUUGUAAUGCAAAAAAUACUUGUGUUAAUGUAAGUAAUCAAUUGGGGAAGUUUCAUGGUGAUCUAUUCAUGGUGUUCUUUUCAACCUGUGAUUAACUCCAGGCCCAACAACAUUGUUGUCUUUACCACAUCAUUCAGAUGACAUAAAAAAAAUUAUACAGUACGUUCACCUUUAAAUACCACAUGGCAGAGAUGGAAUCAGUAUUCAGAUAGUUUACUUAAACCUGUAAUAACUGACUUUACUUGCUGAAUGGAGUUUGCACAUCUGAUGCUGGUGUAAAUAUAAUGUAAUGAUAAACACAUGUACGUCAGAGUAUCAAAUGAAUAUACUGUAUAUUAUGUGAUGAUAACAAAAACAAAAUAAAUAGUUUGUUCUGAAAUAUGAAUAGGUUUUGUUCCUGUAUUUGCAUAUGAUGAUCCUUGCUUUCACCAACAUAGGAAAAGGGCCAGUAGUCUAACUUUAUCUCAUUUCCUUCCUGUCGUUAACUCAGUCAUUGUCCUUAUGGGGUGUUGCUUCCGGAGUUCGGUAGCCCCAGGCUCUAAGUCCUCCAUAACUUUAGUCAGCCAACAUUAUCAGAUGAUCUCCUGCACGACAUCAUGGCCUGCUUGCAACUAACUGUGCUUGUGCCAGCGAAGGUAAUAACUAUUUUGAUGUCAGUGAUGUUUUUCUCGUUUAUUAAGACAGGAUUUGGCAUGAAACAGACUGAUGUCUGUAGGCCAUUUUGUACUGGGAGUGACUGCAUAACUUUAAACCAAGAUCGCGUGGAUUUCCAAACUGCUGAGGAAGCAUGCCGUGACAGGAGCGGGGAACUAUUGACAUUUCAGUCUGAGACAGAUGAGAGCAACCUUGACAUUUUGAGUCAAGAAUUAUAUGGGAACUUCUGGAUUGGACUGCAUUUACCAGCUGCCGCUUGCAGCGACCUCUCAGCGCCACUGAGAGGCUAUGAGUGGACGUCUGGUAGUGUGCACAGCAGCUUUAUUCCAUCCUUCAGCACCUGGAAAGACAGUGUUAAAGUGUGCUCUCCACGCUGUGUAUCCAUUUCAAACAACCAGAAGUGGACAGAGAGGCCGUGCUCGGACAAAACCGACGGGUUUCUGUGCAAAACAAAGCACAAAGAUGCAUGCCAGGCACGGGGAUUAUCAAAUCCAGAUGUUAUCCCAAGCUCUGACGGCUGUUCAGGUGGUCAUUGUGAGCAUACAUGCACAGAUGCAAAAGGAGGUUACAUAUGCUCUUGUUUCAGAGGUUAUAUCCCAGACAGAAAGAACCCCGGGCGGUGCAAAUUGCACUGUGCACAAGAGAAAUGCCCCGCGGUAUGUGAGAGAAACGCCGACCCAUGCUUCUGUGCUGACGGCUUUCUAUUGAUUGAAACAUUUUGCGAGGACAUCGAUGAAUGUUCCAACGAUGGAUGCGAUCAAGACUGCAGCAACACUUUUGGAAGUUAUGUGUGCUCCUGCCGAGAAGGAUUUGUACUGAAAGAUGAAGUGAAAUGCAUCAAAGCGAAGGGCGGUGUCAUAGGUUUUGUAAAACCAGCCCCCAGUAAUCACACACUGAAGGGUUCUUCUGCGCCUGCUGGUGGUUUUCUCUGGAUAUGGAUUUUACUUGUCGUGGCUGUGGCAGUGUUUGUAAUUAUGUUAAGGUUUUAUGUUGUUAAGCGUCAGAAGCACAGAGAACAAAACUCCAGUCAGUCUGCUGCUCCUGUGGACAAUAUUGAGGGUUAAUCCAGUCCAAACAAUGAUGAUCACCAACUCCACCAACUAGAGUUUGUGAGUCUCCAUUAUCAUUUAUCAGGUGGCUGCAGUGGGUAACUUCUCAGGAUAAACUCUUUUUAGUAACUGAUUUUUGAAUCUAGGUGAUGCAUUAUAAAAUAUAACUAAUAUGCAUUAAUAUGAAUACAUUUUAAAUGAAGCGGCAGGGCUAUUAAUACACUUUCAGAAGUGGCUGGACUGGUCCACUCAGUUUCUCAUAUACAUAAUUAAAAGCAAAAGGAAAACACCUCAUUAAGUCAUUUCAAAUUUUGUCUCGAAUAAAGCACAUACUUGUGUAUAAAUAUACAAGCUGUAUUAUGCAAUUGCAGCAUUAACAUAUCAAACAUGUUUUCAUGUUUCAGUUGAUAUACUGUUUGGUUGUUGGAAAAUCUUGACUGUUGUCAUUUUAUGAGUUCAACAUACAUGUUUCAUAAACAAAAUGCUAAUCUGCAAAGCAGUUAUUGAGUGAAGCUGUCAGAUAAACAGUCAGCAACAGUAGAGCAAAAAGUAAAAAUGGAGUUGAGCGGAGAAAAGUCUCACAAAAAUGGAAAUCCUCAGGGAGAGUUCUCCUUAAAAUGUAAAACUAAAUGUGUUCUUUUCAACACUGACUUUUUCUUUGAACAUGUGUAAUAUGUGAGCAUUUAACUGUUUGUAAAAUAUGAGUUUUGAAGUACAUAUGAAGUGGUCUAUAAUAUGGGACACUGUGGGUGAUUUGAAGUGUCAUUUUGUGUUGAUUUUAUGUAUCAUGACAUGAAAUUAAAAUCUGAAUUCAUUCAUAACAA